AUGGGUAAAGUUCACGGUUCUCUUGCCCGUGCCGGCAAGGUCAAGUCUCAGACCCCCAAAGUUGAGAAGCAGGAGAAGGCUAAGCAGCCCAAGGGUCGUGCUCUUAAGCGCCUCAAGUACACCCGCCGUUUCGUUAACGUCACCCUCACUGGUGGCAAGCGCAAGAUGAACCCCAACCCCGGCUCAUAA